GUAGUGACAUCACGAACAUAAGAUCGAUGAUGCUUUUAUAUUUCAAUUUCACACUUUUCUUACAAACAAACUGCUAUAUUAAUUAUCAUUUAUUAUGGAUUUAUUGUAGUAGAGUUUAUAAAAAUGGAUUUUUCCUAAUAUCUAGUAAAAAACAUAUUAUUUCUGCUUCACAAGAUACAAAUUCAAGGUCAUGAGUGUUUACAAACAUUUAUGAAGUCUGCGCUUCUCGGGGUGCACCGUUCGCUGUUUUGGGGCAUUUUUCUUCCAUUCUUCCGUUCUCGGAUAAGCUUCAAAUGAAUUGGAUCAAGUACAACCAGCCGAAGAAGUUGGACAGACGCAGGGUGGACCACGCCCCCGCCCGGCCGUCAGUGCAGGCCUGCCCGGCGCCCCGGCCCGGCGGGUCCGGCGGCUCCAGGAGGACGGCCACCUGGAACCGCAACCCAGACGUGUUUAGACUGCAGCUCGCGCGUCGAAUGGCGCACCCUGUGCCGCGUGGCGAGCAGCACCACCAGAGCCGUCGGCAGCCGGAGGCGGAGACCCCGGUGGCGAGGAGGCCGCCGACAGCCGGCAGGCUGUUCGCCUCCACACCUAAAUCGCCGGCUGAGGGGCAGACGGCCGGCGGCAGCAACUGGCCCGAGCGGUCGCCGCCGCACCCGGCCACCGCCAGCGAGUCUUCCCUGGAUACCACCGGCCGCAGUCUGCUCUUCCCAGAUACAUUUCCCGGGGCCACCGGCCCGACCCCGGCCCCGGCCGAGUUCCACCAGCUGUACGGAGACGGGACGGAAGAGCUCGCACAGCAGUCCCACACCAUCGAGGACCAGCAGCACCAGCACCAACAGCACCAGCACCAGCACCAACAUCCCUCGGGAGAUAAGCAGCGGCGCCGUCAUCACUCGGGCUACGAACGCGAGCGUCAGCAGUUGAUCAGCCCAGAACAUACCACAAGAGCACGACUACCGCUAGGACGACGUGCUGAAGCGGUCCAGGAGCACGAGCAGCAGCAGCUGCUCAGCCCGAACCGAGCCGCUAGAGCACGGCUCCCUCGUGAGCGGCGCGCUGAGCCUGACCAGGAGUACGGACGUCAUCAGCCGCUUAGCUCACACCCCGCUACUGGAGCACGGCUCUCUCAACAGCGGCGCCCCGUGCCGGACAAACAGCAGUGUCUAAGUCCAGACCGAGUUUCUGGGACUCGACUGCUUCAGGAGCGGAGCGCAGAGCCGGAGUGGAAAAGUGGCACUGGCGAUGGGCGCCGCCCGCCGUCACGCGGUGACGAUGGGCUCAGUGAGGAACGCCAGGAGUGCCUGCCCAGCACGCCGCCCGGCGCUCGCUGGCCGCCUCAAGAGGAAGACAUCCCUACUGUGAUAAGACCGAGACCGACCGACGGUCCGGCGGCGCCCUCAGAUCCAGCGCCCGGCCCCGGGCGGAGACUGGAAGAUAUAAUAGAGGAGCUCCUGUACGUGCCGACCAACACCCACUGCACCAUCGAGCGGGAGAUGAGCGACCCGCUCUACUGGCGGGCCGUGUUCCCCCGGCGCCGGGUCGGGCUGUUCUCACCAACUGGCGUGGAGCAACAAACAGAGCCUGACGCACACAGUGCCGGGCCUAUUGCAGCUGUGCAGCGUACCGACCCCGUCUGUGCUGAGGCUACUGAGCGGCCGGCGCCUGUCGAAUCGCCCCAACGGCCGCCGCCUGUGGAAUCUCCUCGGCGGCCGGCGCCUGCCGUACGCGCCCCCGGCCCUGACGGCGACGUUCGGCCGUGCGUGCCGAGCUGGCCGGCCGCCGAGAAAGCUGCCUCUCCGUCUGGGGGUCGGACAGACCGUCCCGGUCGACAGGUAUUCGACGACCAGUGGCGUCUGAUCGCGGACGGCCGGCUCCGGCGCCGCACGGACGGCCGCCCGAUGGAGCCGCCGGCCACGCCGCGCCGGCUAGUGGUGGAACUGGCCGACGCCGGCGUGCAGACCGACUCACCACACCCGGUCUGUGUGCAGACCAGCUCGGUCUCGGUGCAAACCAGCCCGGCCGCCGGCGCACCGUGACGAGCCGCUGCACGGAGCCGGCGGCUGAUGGGGUGCGUCGCCGGUCACCCGAGGACGCCCACGCCACUCUAGCUGAGCUCCUCCCCAGGCUAUCGACACUCAGCCCUCUGUCAGUCCUUUGUAGACACAUCGCGGUUCACGGCUCUCCAUUCACGUUCGGUCAGCUGGCCAUCAGCUUGUUUUCGCAGCCGGCUGAGGCACGCCGGAAGCUGAGUGAUUGAUUAUACACAUCCCCGUGCAGGGCCACGGCGCAGCGGCUGCUCUCCCUCCCUUCCCCUUCAGGACAUCUGCAGAGCACGUGGGGACGGGAGUGACGUCGGCCACUCGUGGAAUGGCGGAAUGGGGGCGGGGUCGCAAUACUUUGUCAUGUGUAUAUUUGAUACUUGUCAUCGUUGUGGAAGAGGUGUGCAAAGAAACUCUCUUUGUACUUGAUUAGAAAAGAAUACGUUUAAAUAUUCGUGCGGAAAGUAACACUGUUCAUGUUUCGUUUCAGCUGCUCAAUCGUUAUGUGAGCGUGUGUGAACUCAGUUGUGCUCUUCCACUGUCGCACCGUCCCGUGUGUGCGGCAGGUGCGAUGUCUGGCGGCGGCGCGAUGCCCAGUGGCGGCGGUGCGGCCGGGGACGCUCCCCAGCUGGACCGAGUGGUGGCCGACCUGGAGGCGGCCGCCCGCCAGCUGGACGCCGCCCUGGACGAGGUGGCCCAGCUGAAGGCGCGUGCCGCCUCCGUGGCGCUCCAGCUGACGGCCCAGUUUGACCCGGAGCUGACCGUGCGACUGGAGAGGCUCGAGGCCGAGCGGAGCCGAGCAGCGGCCGCCGUCGGUCAGCCGGCCGCCGGGCAAUGACGCCGAGAACGGCGAUACAGACCUGUCCUACCGAGCUGGCUGUCAGUGUCCAAUGUGAGUAGACUGAAUUAUGUGUUCAGUGGAGUCCGUUGACUCGUUGUGGUUCCGUUGCGCCUGGGGCCCCGUGUUGUGUUGUCUCGUGUCUCUAUAAAUGAUGCACAUUCGCA